GUUGAUGAUCCAUAUUUUCCUUCUCCCGUAGUUAAGCAGUUAGUUACCAAAAUAAUGCUUAAAGGAAAAAAAAGCCAAGCCCGGAAAAUUAUUUAUCAAGCCUUUGCCCAUUUAAAAAAAGAAACCGAACAAGAUCCAUUAGUAGUGGUGGAAGAAGCCAUAAAAGAACUUAAACCCCAAUUAGAAACCAAAAAAAUUAGGUUAGGGGGGAUUAGCCAACCUAUUCCCAAAGAAGUUAAACCGGAAAGAAGCCUUUGUUUGGCUUUAAGAUGA